CUGGCAAAGGUUCUGUGGCUCCCUGGCGCCCUCUGGUCUAGCUCUGCGGGGUAGGUUUCCGGUGAGCCUCUGUAGCUGUACAGGACGACUCCCUCCUCCGGAGCACCUACAGUCUCGGCCGGCUUUGCCUGACCCCCGUGUUUCAGGUGGGACUUGCCCCGUGAACCGCGGUGCCUUCACCAUCCCCUUCAGGCGGUGGUCCAGCUGCGUACGCCUCCUUCACUCCUGCUUACCGUGGGUGCUCGUGGGUGCUCCUGACUGCUCCUGGUGCGGCUCUCUGGUGGGCUGCAGCCACCCGCUGGGCCCCUGCGCUCGGCCCCUUCACGGCCUCUGGGAAUACAGUCAAGGGAUGCAGGAGUGGAGGGAGCCAGCUGCUUUGUGCUGAAGGAAAAAGUACCUCAUCUGGUUUUGUGUAUCUGAAACAUUACAACAGCUUCUGAGUGGUUCUGAGUAUUAAAGAGGUUUGGAGGUUGCUAUGUUAAUGCUGCUUGUUUUGGGAAUAUUGCUUCAUGACACCCCGCUGAGUAGCCAAGAUGAAGCUUCUUCAGGGGCCCAUGGCAUUCCUGGUGAACCUCUGUUUAACUAUGCCAGCAUCCGCUUGCCAGAGGAGCACAUUCCCUUCUUUUUGUACAAUAAUGGGCAUAUUGCUAUGGUCUGUAAGAAAGACUCCCAUUGUCCUUAUAAGAAACACUUAGAAAAUCUGAAGUACUGCUGGGGCUAUGAGGGGUCCUGCAGACCGGAGUUCAGGUUCGGUUACCCUGUUUGUACCUACGUUGACAUGGGAUGGACAGACAGUCUGGAGUCAGCCCAGGAUACGUUCUGGAAGCAAGCUGACUUUGGAUAUGCGGGAGCGCGGCUGCGGGAGCUGCAUGUGCUCUGCCAGCCUGAGCAAACGAAUGACUCAAGUUUGGUAUGUUCCCGUUACCUUCAGUAUUGCAGAGCAGCCAAUCUCUAUCUUGAUUUAAGAAACAUCAAGAGAAACCAUGACAGAUUUAAGGAAGAUUUUCUCCAGACUGGUGAAAUUGGAGGACACUGUAAACUUGACACUCAUACAUUGAUGUCUGAAGAUCAGCGCAAAAGCCCUCUACAGUCUUGGUUUGCGGAGCUCCAGAGCUAUACUCAGCUCAACUUCAGACCUAUAGAAGAUGGUAAAUGUGACAUUGUUAUUGAAAAACCAACCUACUUCAUGAAAUUGGAUGCAGGUGUUAACAUGUAUCAUCACUUCUGUGACUUUGUCAAUCUUUACAUCACUCAGCACGUCAACAAUUCCUUUACUACAGAUGUGUACAUUGUGAUGUGGGACACGAGCUCCUAUGGAUACGGUGACCUGUUCUCUGACACAUGGAAAGCAUUUACUGAUUAUGAUGUGAUACAUUUGAAAACUUAUGAUUCUAAAAGGGUUUGUUUUAAAGAGGCGAUUUUUUCACUACUCCCCCGGAUGAGAUACGGGCUGUUUUAUAAUACCCCUCUGAUAUCUGGCUGUCAAAAUACUGGAUUAUUCAGGGCAUUUUCCCAGCAUGUACUAUACAGACUAAACAUCACACAAGAGGGACCCAAGGAUGGGAAAAUUAGAGUCACCAUUCUUGCACGGAGCACAGAAUACCGGAAAAUACUAAACCAAAAUGAGCUUGUCAACGCACUGAAAACGGUGUCUACAUUUGAAGUCCAGAUUGUCGAUUACAAGUAUAAGGAACUUGGGUUUUUGGAUCAGCUAAGGAUCACCCACAACACAGAUAUAUUUAUUGGAAUGCACGGAGCUGGUCUUACCCAUUUACUUUUCCUACCAGACUGGGCUGCUGUAUUUGAACUGUACAACUGUGGAGAUGAGCGUUGCUACCUGGACCUGGCCAGGCUCAGAGGCAUACAUUAUAUCACUUGGCAAAAACAGAACAAAGUCUUUCCUCAAGAUAAGGGUCACCACCCAACUCUGGGGGAACAUCCAAAGUUUACCAACUACUCUUUUGAUGUAGAAGAAUUUAUGUACCUUGUACUUCAGGCUGCAGACUAUGUAUUGCAACACCCAAAAUGGCCAUUUAAGAAAAAACAUGAUGAGUUGUGAAUGUGCUGAGUCUGCCACUCACUCCCAGUUUAGUCAGUAAAACAACUGGUGUUUCUUAGCCCUCAAAUGAUCUGUUCUAUACCAAAACAUGCCUUCAGGAGAUUGCUUAUGGGUUUUUUGCUGCUUCAUGUGAUUUUUGUGUCAUUGCUAUUUAUCAAGAUAUUCUUUUUCCACUGAAAACUUACUUUUGUAGCUCAAAAAGUGGGCAUGGUCUCGCUGAGUAAUUGAGCUUUUCUCUUAAGUAGUCAUCUUUCUUAGCUUUAGAAUUUGUAAGUGUUUUUGUAGAGUAACAUGGGAUUGUUCAUUCCAGGGACUUUCAACUUGUUUAUGAUGUAUCUAAGUAAGUUCAUAACAGCUUCUAUUUGCCAUAAUUUAUUCAUAGCACUGUUUGUGGUAGGAAAGGAAGACAUGCAGCACACACAGUUUCAAUUCUCAUUACCAAGCUAAUAGGUCAAACAAUGCUGUAAACAGAUCAUUUUUACUCUACCAGAGUCCAAAUUAGCUCCACUGAAUUUUCUGCUGGAUAUUUUCAGUUGAAGGCAGGUUGUAGGAUCAAGAGCCUGAAUGAAUCAUGCUGUAUAUUCAUAUAUAUUCACAUGUUUCAUAUGCAAAUCUGUUUUCCCCCAAUGCACUACAUGUGAUAAAAACAAAUUAGAAUAUCCUUCAGGACUGUUCUGUGUACCUUUUAGCUGGUUUGCACUGGCUCCUUAGCUGUGGAGAGCACUUCCCUGUUGAACCAUGGCCUCCACUGUGUGCACUUGCCGCUGCAGUGCCUGAGCACGCACCCACCUCUUUCACAUAGAGGCAUGCCAGCAUUUUCACAGACUUUAGAUUAGCUGUGUAAGAAGAAUGUUUCCCUAAAGGACACGUGCAUUAUCCAUUUCAAAAUAAAAGCCAUAAGGAAGUGCCAUUUAUUGAAUUCCUGAAAUGUAGCCCACUCUUUGAAUGGGAUUCAUUUCUUACUGUUUAUCAGCUUUCUAUUUUGCAGUCAAAAAUCAUGGAUUUAUUUCACUGCAAAAAGAUGUUUACAUUUUAACACUUGACUAAUCUAAUUCAGAGACUAGGGACUUCUAUUUUUUUAAAGUUCACUUUUAAAAACUAGCAGAUUACAGCAGAGCUAAGAAUUUUUUUUUUUUUUUACAUUUUAGAGGGUUUUUUUUAAAAGUAGAAUGUGUAACAGAGAAGUGACCUGAAAAACCUAUAAUAGUUAUUAUCUGGACCUUCACAGAACAAAUUUGCUGCUCUUGCUUUAAAGGAUUAUGAAUAAUCUUGUAGAGUUUAGGAAUAUUUGUUAAAAUAUUUGCAAAAACUGUAUAGUGAAUCAGGAUAGCAAUAGCUUUGAUUUGGCUCUUGAAAUUGUGAAAAAAUAGGGACAACAUAUGAAUUUUAAAUGAGUGGUAUUGCUACUGCUCUUUUGCAGAAUACUGAGUACCUGGUGGGAAAGGGUGCACAUAAAGAAAUGGUCAAGAUGGCAUUGAACUUUCAGUGAGAGAUGUAAACAGCUGAGAAGCUUAUUUUCUUACCUCAUUUUAAGAAGUGUGUGGAAAUGUGAUUCUAUUUACUUGCUAGUAAUAGACAUAUUUUGCAUUUAAAGAGAGAAUAUGUUUUAUAUAAACAAAGUACAUUUGACACUUUUAUGGAAUGAAUUUUUAUCAGAAUUUUAUGGUAGCAAAGAAGUCUUCAAAUGUUAUAAAAUUUACAAUGUAAAGCCUGUUCUUUUCAUUAAGUCUUUAAAAGAUGUUUUUCAUAGUUUGUACAUUUGGUGUAUGGCUUUAUAAUAAAUCUUUAUAUUUUAUUUGAAUACCAGGCAUUUUCAAGGUUUUCUGUGCCUGAAUGUUUUAUGUUUACUUUUUGAGAAUCUGGUAGCUAUCUAUACAUUGUAACAAUUAAGUAGCUCACUGAUGAAGAAUUCAGGUAAAAUCAAAAUUACAUCCUACCUUUACUUAGCAGUUUAUUAUAUGAUGCUUUCACAAAUGUAUUGCAUAGUCCUUACAAAAAUAACAUAAGAAUUGUUCCCAUUUUUCUUUUGAAGACAAGCAGAUGCUGUUCAAGGCACUUCCCUAAAGAUCACAGGUCUUUUGAGUGCCCACCCAUAGUCUUCCUUUGUCACAUUUGUUCACUCACAUACUCACUAAAUACAGAUUGUGGAGCAACUAUGUACUGGCU